AUGGAGUUAUCCGCCUCCUUCGUACUCAAGGCAAUUGCAGUGGGGGCAUUCCAGUACUUCAUUAUCAGGACAAUCUACAAUCUUUUCUUUCACCCUCUCAAAAGCUAUCCUGGCCCGCGAGCGCUAGCUGCCAGUCAGCUUCCAAUGAUAUAUGCCAAUAUAACAGGCCAAGCUCCUCUAUGGGCAUUGAGAUUUCACAAGAAAUAUGGACCUGUUGUACGUAUGGCUCCUAACGAACUAAGUUAUUCGGACUCAAGUUCCUGGAGAGACAUAUACGGAAGCAACCAAGCCAGGCCUGCCGGGAUGGCGCGAGACCCCGCUUUCUACGAGCCUUGGGAUGACAAGAAUUCUGCUCCAUCCCUGGUCAACACAAGUGACAGAGAUCACGCGAGGAUUCGUCGCGUCUACGCAAAAGCAUUUUCUAAACAGGCACUUUCUGAACAAGAACCCCUGAUCUUUGAACACAUAACUCAAUUAAUCGGGAAGAUAUAUAAAGAGCAUCAUCAGCCUAUCGACAUAGUGGAUAUUCUUGCUUUCACAAUAACCGAUAUCAACAUCGACUUGCAGUUUGGGGAGCCACUCCAUUUACUUAACGAUACGACCCACCACAUGUGGGUCAAGAACCAAUCUGCCUACGUACGAGGUGCUAAAGUCCUUGAAGCCCUUGCGGAGCUUCCAUUCAUCAAGACAAUCUUUCAGCUGGCACUUCCCAAAUUGGCCAAGCAUGCACAAGCUGUUCAUUUCGGUUUACUGAAUAAUAAGCUCGAUCAUCGACUUGCUUCUAGACCUGAUCGGCCGGACUUUGUCCACUUCUUAGUCGGGGACAACGGCCCUGGUGCCAAAUUAUCAGAGGCAGAGCUACGGGCUAAUGUGCCUGUUAUAAUGAUCGGUCAAACGGAAACGACUACUGCCGCACUCAGUGGCCUUAUAGCGUUACUUUUGGAAGCCCCACACUUCCUUCGACAAUUGCAAGAAGAGGUUCGCUCGACAUUCCGAACCAGAUCGGAUAUCAACUCAGCAGCAAUGGAAAAAAUGAAAGUCCUCAACGCCUGCAUUAACGAGACACUACGCAUCUAUCCACCUGUUCCGGGUGCUCUUCCUCGGAUUGUACCCCGAGGUGGCGCUAUGAUCUCUGGAAAUUGGGUUCCGGCUGGUACUCGAGUAUAUACCUCUUCAUUGGCCACCUGUCAUUCAUCUGAAAACUUUCAUGACCCUGAUUCAUUUCUUCCUCAACGGUGGUAUCCAGGAAGCGAGGAAAGAUUCGCUCAGGAUGUUCAAGCCGCUUUGAAACCGUUCUCUGUUGGCACCAAAGAUUGCAUUGGUCAACCUAUUGCUUAUUACAUACUUCGCUUGAUCACUUGUGAGUUGGUGUUGCACUUUGACUUAGAGCCUUACACAGAAAGCAAGAUAUGGUUCUCUAGACAGCGGAUAUGGACCGUCUGGAACAAAGGACCCCUUCUUGUGAAAUUUACCCCGGUUCAUGUUAAACGAUAUGGAGAUAAU